AAAACAAAACAGAGGAAGGAAUAGGACAUUGAUCUAAUGACCAAAUGGAUGACUGGAUAUAUAUUUGUAUUAGCACACAAUAUAACAUAAUAAUGAAUGUGCAUAUUUCUAUGGUGAAUAAGGAAGAAAUUUUUUAAGUGAACCAAUCAAAAUUUAUCACUAAAUGAUAUACGGGCUGAAAUAGAAAUCUCAAUAUACACAAUGAUAUAUCUUAAAGUAAUUUCAUUUUUACAAAUAUAUACAAAAUUUCUAAGAUGGUAAUUAAAACAAUUUGGUGUCAAUAUAUAAUAGAGACUGUUUAGAAGCACACAGUAGAAACUAUAUUCCCAAAUACAAUUACAUUUGAAUAAAGAAUCUUCUGUGUGAAUUGUACUGACUGCUUCUAUUUAUUCAGUAACUUCGAUAUCUUUUGUGAAUAUCCCUACAAGCCUCAUACUUAUCUAUUAAAUAUGCAUGAAUGUUGCCCUGUUCUACCUACCAAAUCAGCGACUAGUGUACACUCCUAAGCUUCACCAACCCCUGUGCACAGAAAGAAGAUGAAACCUGUGUGAAACAUAUUACUGUCAAAACUAAAGCUAUCGCCUAAGUAUGCCUAACAUGAUCAAAUCAAAUCAACUGAAUGGUUUUACAAAUAAUCGUGAUUUAAAUCACACUAAUUAUAGUGGAAUUCAUCAAACCAAUGGAUAUACAAAUAAACCAAAUAAUUCAUCUGGACGUUAUAUAAUUCUAUCAAAAUCAACAACAGUAAGAAAUGGAACAAGUAAAGGUUCAUAUCAUCCUGCUAGUCAUUAUUUUCAACUUGAUACAACAAAACGUUCUCAUUCACAACAAAGUAUAGGAUCAAAUCUUUCUAAUGGAUCUAUAAAUAGCUAUAAUGAUACAACUAAUUCAUCAAAGAAUUCUAUUAAUGGUAUUCAUCAAUUAUUAUCACCAACUAAUGAUCAAUUAAAUGGUAUUCAUACAAAUUUAAUUAAAUCUCCUGAUAUAAAACAUUCAAAAUCUCAUUCAAUUUCAUCUACAUUAUUAUUACGUGAUACAAAUUUAUUAAAACCAACUAGUGGAUAUCGUGAACAUAGUCGGUCAAUUGGUGGAAGUUUAUCUUGUGGACAACCAAGUCCAACAUCAACUGUUGAAGAUUCUAAUAUAACUACAUUUUCACCAACCAAUACGCAUACACUUGAUACAGAAAAUACUAACCGUACAAUUUGGUUAUAUCAAUCUGAAUUAAAUUUACCAACAAAUAGUGAAGAUACUAAACUUGAUUCUAUAAUAACACCAUAUAAACGUUCUGAAAGUCAACAAAUAACUAUUAUACCAGAAUUUGAUUAUAGAAAUCGUAAUCAUACAACGAAUAAUAUUGCAUCUAAUCCAUACGUUGCUAAAUAUAAUUCAGUGAGUUCUGCCAUGUUGUACACUGGUAAUAAUACAAAUCAACGUAAUGUUACAAAUGAAGAUUAUAUGAAUAAUUAUGUAUCAGGUCCAAGCUUUCGUAAAAUUCAAACUCUUCAUAAUGGAAAUGCAACACAAAAACGUUUUCCAUCAGAUACUACACUCAAUUCGACAACAAGAGAAGGAGCUCAAAUAUAUACAUCAGGUAGUCGCCCUGGUCCAGUGACAAUCCCUGCUCGAAGUAGAAGUGCACAGCCUAGUCCAGGUCCAAGUCCGACCAUCAGUCCUGUAACAUGUUUUCGAGCUUCUGAAAAUAAUUUAAUUCCAGGUGCUGGAGGAGAGAAAAAUUCAUAUACAGCAACAUCACAAAAAAUUAAUUUAAAUGUUACAAAUAUACAACGACGUGGUUCUUCACCUUCUAGAGUUGAACAUAACAAUGUGAAUUCAUUUUCUUCUGAUGCACCUGAGGAGGAUAAUGAAGCUCACAUUCUACCGUCAGUUAGAGAAAUUAUACGUCAAGUUGAAGCUAUGACACAAUCAAAUGCUGCCACAUCAACUACAGAUAUAUUUACUCUUGGUCUUAAUAAUGGAACAACAGGAAAUCAUUCCAUUCAAAAAGAAACUAAUCAACAAUCACAAUUAUCAAAACAACGUAAAGUAAAUUCAACUAAUGAUAACAAUCAAUUUGCACGAACUGGCAUUCUUAGACAAUAUGGUAGUAGUCAACGUACACCAAGUGCACCACAACUUAGAACAGCCAAUUAUGGUAAUUCACAAAAGUAUACACCUAUUCAAGCAAAAUUCAAUGCAGCUGUUGCUUCAAAUUCACAAAAUACAACAGCUCCUCCUGUUCCACCACAUGGAAUUGCACGUAAUAAACCAAUUAUUGGAUCAUUCACUAGGAGGAUUGAACCAUUAACUAAUGAUUCAAAUAAACAAACAGAUAUUGGCAAUGUAACUGGUGCACCGAAAAAGUCUGAACUUUUAAGCCAUUUACCUACGGAUUAUCAAAAGUUACGUGAAGCAUUUAUUGAACAAAGAAGAGAAAUUCAACGUCUUCGUAAACAAUUAGCCGAAAAAGAUUUACAAAUUGCCCAAUUAGAAGGUGAUAUACGAUUAUAUGAACCAUGGCGUUAAAUGACAACUUAAAAAAAAGUUUUAUUGAUUAGUGAAAAGAGGAAACAAACAAACAAACCACCUUUUUCUCUUUGACAUUACAAGUUUUCUUGUUGGUAUUCAUUAAUCUUUUUUUUUGUUUCUAAACUUUUGUUUACAUAACUAAUAAUUAUGCAUUGAAAGUAAAUAGAAACUUAUAUAUGUACGUUUUACUAUAUGUAACAUUACUUAAUAUCAUUUAGGCAUUAAAUACUACUAAUAAGAACUCCACCACAACCAUCACCACCAUCACAAUCACCACAACAACAACAACUAACAAUUAUGUAUCUGUGCAAAGCAUUUCUACUCAAUUUGUUUUUAUUAACAUUAAUCCUUUCUGCAAAUUAUCUUUACAUGUUGUUUUAAGUAUUAUCAUUAUUAUUAUUUGAAGUUAACUGGAUGGGAACAGAGGUAUCUUUUCUUUUUAUAGAUGGUAUGUUGUUUUAAUUGUAACAUGCAAUUUGAUUACUUAUGUUAAUAUCAAUUAGUUAAUCUUGUUACAUAAGUUGUACGUAUAUGCUGUGCAUACUUUUGUUUUCCUUUCCAAUCAUUAUUAUUAUUAUGGCUGAUAAUCUUUAUUUCUCUCUGUCUAUCCGUCUAUCUAUCUAUCUAUCUAUCUCUCUUUGUCUUACUAUUGGUGUCAUUAGAAAUACUGUUAUAAUCAGAAAAGAAACUAAAUAGAUAACUAUGAUUUAGAUUUGUUAAUUGAUGUUUGUAAUAAUGAUGUCGGUUUUACUAAUGAUGAUGAUUGAUAAGUCUGAAGUUUUUAAAUGUAACUGAACAACUGUUUCGUUCCAGUAUGAUGCUUUUUAAUGUCCUUAAGUUACCGUGUAUAACGAAGCUUGAUAGUUGAGUCUAGUGUGGUUCAUGAGCUCACAGUGCUGAAAAGUCUUUAAGUAAUUUAGAUAAAGCGACAACAACAAUUGAUGCAGAAUAAUAUAAAUUCAUUAUGUGUUUCGUGGUUUUGUACCAAUCACUUACAAACAUAUAUGUAUU